UUUCGCCCCCAAUUUUUCUGCUUCACUUUAUCAUUUAGGUGGUCUUUGUGGUACGUAAGAAAGAGAAGGAUGGCUGCGCACAAGAUUGCUCAUGCUACUCUCAAGGGCCCCAGUGUUGUUAAGGAGAUAUGCAUUGGGAUAACUCUAGGGCUUUUGGCAGGUGGGCUGUGGAAGAUGCACCACUGGAAUGAGCAGCGAAAAACUAGAGCCUUUUAUGACAUGCUCGACAAGGGUGAGAUCAGCGUCGUUGUUCCAGAAGAAUAGAUUUCCUUGUGUCAUUUAAAAGCUGCAUGGGUCUUACAUUAUGCUAUAUACAAUAAUUUCAACUCUUAAAACUGCAUUUAUGCUUUGAACAUGAAUGAUGUCUUGCCUGUGUGCAAUGCUUUCGGAAGUUCAUUUUUACUUUUGUGCGUAUAUAACAUUGCUAAUGCGUGAAUAAAUGUGUUACGAUUUUUCCUUUUU